AUGUCGCGUGCUAUUGAUGAAGGCGGGAAACUGACCGCAGAACUCCUGUCAACCCAACCUACAACCGCUACUGAUGUGACACCCAGUGAGAGUCUUGUCAAGAACCAUUCUCAGUUAAUAAAAGUUGAGAAUGACACUACAGACGUCAAUAUCAAGCUAGAGCCGAGGUUCCCCUCACCAAGAGCAGCCUCUAUCGAUCCUCAGGUGCCAAGACAAUCUCUAUUUUCAGGAAUGUCUCAUUCCUUGGGUGUUCUGAACCCAAGUAAUGUUCUGAGCACUCCGGGUUAUAGUGACAUUAACAUAUCUCAUAGCAAAACCUCAUCUUCAGGAGACAAGAAGACGGCCACUCGGAGAGCUACAGCAAGAACACCCAAGGAGGUUUUUGCUCGUCAAGCUGAAAGCAAGGCCAAGAAGCUCGCGGCAAAAAGCUUGAAUGCCACAGUAGGUGGGCGUGUAACAAAAGCUACCAGCCAAAAGACCAGAAACAAGAAGUGUCAGUCUGGCGAAGCCACUUCGGAAAAGUUGAAGAGUAAAUUUACAGCUGCAGACCCAUUUAAUCUGGAUCUUGGAACGGAAGCUCCGAUAAUUCAAGCACGCACACAACGUGAGCAAUUUGAUAAACUUCGUGCGGCCUACCCCGAGUAUAAUAACAAAAAUAAGCGUGGAGAAAGUAUGACUUCAUUGAUAAAGGCGAGUCGAAGCUUUGGUUACGGAAAAGUACAUCCUCUAGAUGGAAGAUGGAAACUUCAGGGAAUGGACUCUGCAUUACAUCAUCAUCAGUUGAUUGGAGCAUCUCGGAUGCUCGAACGCGAGUGUUCCGAAGAAGGCCCACAAGGAGGCAUCUUGGCAGAUUGUAUGGGACUAGGAAAAACUAUUCAAUGCAUAGCGGCCAUCAUUGGAAACCCUCCAGACUCCAAUAAGAUCGUGGCUGAGGAGCGGACAACUCUGAUUGUGGUUCCCAGCGGACUCCUUCUUCAAUGGCUUGAUGAGCUCAAGAAACAUGGUGGAAGUACUAUCAAGAAUAUAGACAUUUAUAACCGUUCUGAUAGACGAGAUGCUAUACAAUACACAUUGUCAAAUGUGGUAAUUACCACGUAUGACGAGCUUAUGACAAAUUUGCCGUGGCUGAGAGAAACUGCUAGUAAAAGCAGUCGGACGAAGAAAAGUAAAGGUAAAAAGAGAAAUGCAGCAGAUGAAGAAGUUCCACCCAUGGAGAACUUUCCCCAUGAUAAGUCGGACACCGCAGGUGUCUUAUACGAUGUCAAUUGGUAUCGAGUAAUUAUCGAUGAAGGGCAUGGUACCAGAAAUCAUGAUUCUAGAGCAAGUCGCGCUGUGAAUGCCUUGAAGAGUAGAUAUAGAUGGGUCGUGACUGGUACACCAUUUCAGAAUCGUCUGCAGGAUUUCUACAGCUAUUUUCGCUUUUUGAAGGACCCAGAAACUACCACAAUGUCGAGAUUUUCAGCCGACUUCUGCAAUUCCAAAUAUGAAGAAUGUAUCUCUCGGAUGGAGAAAAAAUUGGGCAAAUUAAUGAUCCGGAGGACAAUGGAAGAUAGAGUACUUGGUAAUACGUUGAUACAACUGCCUAAAGCUCAUCAUAAAGCCAUCAAGGUCGACUUUAAUGCCGCGGAAGAAAUUUUAUACCGAGCAGUAGAAGAAAAAUUUCAGGAACUGAGAGACCAAGACCUCGAAGAUGAUGACCCACGGAAACCAAUGUCGUAUAAAUUCGCCCAAAUUUCUUUUCUGAGACAACUGGUGUCUCAUCCAGCAUUGGUUGAGCGAAAGAUUAUGGUACUUUUUGAUAACCAUGAACUGGAAGAGAUUAGAGAUAAGGUUCAAGUUCUGGAUCCCGUAUUAUAUCGACGCAUCUGCUCUUGGAUUAGAGGUGAGAGAGCAAAGGUAGCUGCCGAGUAUAAGCAUUCGUUGGAUCAGCAAAUAAAGAUAUGUGAAUUCUGCCAAGAAGAUACAGAAGAUCUAAAAGAGAUUCCCGGAUGUAAACACUUAUUUUGCGACUUUUGCUUGAAUGAAAAUCCGGAUAUUGAGCUUGCAGAAAAUGGAACAGAGAUGCGUAAAUGCAGAGCUUGCGAUGAGCCGUACGAUCCUUCUGAGCUGGAGAGAGUACAAGAGCAGCAAGAAAGCGCCCAAAUGGGGAUUAAGAAAAAAGGGAUGAAGGGAAAGGAUUUCCGCAAUUACAUUCCAGGUACACCUAAGUCUAUAUGGCUGGAUCAGUACGACCGAGGAAUGAUUGAUCUGAGGCCAGGCUCGAAAUUAGAAGCUGUAAUUGAGCAGGUUCGAGAGUGGUUGUCCGAAUCACCAAAGGAAAAAAUCAUCAUCUAUACGCAGUGGAAAAUGGUGAGUACUAUCAUCGGUCGUAUGCUCGAGAAAGAGAAUUUUAAUUUCCUUUAUUAUUCGGGCGACAUGACCCAAAAAACACGAUCUGAAGUUAUUCGAUUAUAUAAGAUGAAUCCCAAGGUCAAAAUCCUCGUUUCUGGCCUCAAGUGUGGAGGAGUAGGCUUAAAUUUGCCCUUCGCAAACAAGGUUAUAUCAGUUGAGUUGUGGUGGAAUCCCUUUGCUGAAAAGCAAGCUUUCGGUCGUGUCUACCGGAUUGGCCAAGAGUUAGAAACAAUAUUUGCGAGAGUUAUUGUGGAUAAUACAAUAGAAGAUAGACUUGCUGAUUUGCAACUUAAGAAGCUUCGCAUCAAUAGUAUCGCUAUGCAGGAAAAACUAAGUAAGGAAGAGGAGGCCAGUUUGCUGGAGCGUGCUGAAUCUGAAAAGCCACUUGACCUUAAUGCAGCGGACUGUAAUGAGCAUUUUAUCAACGCCCUUGCAGGCACAGAUCCUCGCCUUAACUCGAAUACUGAUACUCUAUCAGAAUCCGUCCAAGGAUUGUUUGGCAGAACCCCUGGAGAGUCCCCUGAAGAUAAGAUCAUGGAAGAUGUCGAUGAUAAGACAGACGAAGAAGGGGAUUUCUACGAGUCCGACUCCGACAGCGACGAUUCUAUGUCGGACGCUCCAUAUGCUGAGUCUAUGCAGGCUAAAGUAGAGACGGAGGAAGGAGACGGUGACUAG